ACGCCUCUAUAUGUGUGUCCACCUUCCCUUCUCUUCUCCUCAAAGCAUUCAAAUCAAAGCUUUCUUUCUCCUCAACUCCUUAUUACGGGAAUACCCUGGCAACGCCAUGGACAUGGACACUUCACACAGCUGGCUUGCCUUCUCCCUAUCCUACCACCAGCCCUACCUCCUCGAGGCUCUCUCCUCCGCCCCUCCACAUGGUGGGGGGGAGAUGACGGCGGAGGAGCGGGGAGGAUCGGCGGAGGUGGCGGCGAUGGCGGUGGUGGGGCCGAAGCUGGAGGACUUCCUCGGCGGGUGUGGGGAACCGAUGGGGCGGUACGCUGGCGGCGAGACCGGGGAUGCAGGGGGGAUCUACGACUCUGAACUGAAGCACAUCGCUGCCGGGUACCUGCAGGGGCUACCAGCGACGGAGCAGCAGGACUCCGAGAUGGCGAAGGUGGCGGCGCCGGCGGAGUCACGGAAGGCCGUCGAAACCUUCGGCCAGCGCACAUCUAUCUACCGCGGCGUCACCAGGCAUCGAUGGACGGGGAGAUACGAGGCGCACCUGUGGGACAACAGCUGCCGCCGGGAGGGGCAGAGCCGGAAAGGAAGGCAAGUCUAUCUUGGUAAGAACAUGUUGUUCUCUUCCCUAAUUUUGAAAGAUCUAAAAAUAGAAAUCAGUCGAAUUAUUAGAUUAAAAAAAAAUGUAGGUGGAUACGAUAAGGAGGAGAAGGCGGCGAGGGCUUACGAUCUCGCAGCGCUCAAGUAUUGGGGUCCGACCACCACCACCAACUUUCCAAUCUCCAACUACGAGAAGGAGCUGGAGGAGAUGAAGAACAUGACACGACAGGAGUUUGUCGCAUCGCUCAGAAGGAAGAGCUCUGGGUUCUCCAGAGGCGCCUCGAUCUAUAGAGGGGUCACCAGACACCAUCAACAUGGACGGUGGCAAGCAAGAAUUGGAAGGGUGGCAGGCAACAAAGAUCUUUAUCUUGGAACCUUUAGCACGCAGGAAGAGGCAGCAGAGGCCUAUGACAUUGCAGCAAUUAAGUUUCGGGGGCUCAAUGCAGUGACAAAUUUCGACAUUAGCCGCUACGAUGUCAAGAGCAUAGCCAACAGCAACCUCCCCAUUGGCGGGAUGACAGGCCGGCCCUCCAAGGCCACAGAAUCUUCGCCAUCAUCCUCAUCUGACGCCAUGACUGUGGAAGCCAAGCAGCUGUUGGACGGCCGGGAUCCCUCGGCCUCACUUGGGUUUGCUGCGCUCCCCAUUAAGCACGAUCAGGACUUCUGGUCCUUGUUUGCACUCCAACAGCAGCAGCAGCAGCAGCAGCAGCAAAGUAAUCAAGCUUCAGGGUUCGGUCUCUUCUCCUCUGGUGUGACUAUGGAUUUCUCUACAGCUUCUAAUGGUGUUAUAAGCCAAGGGUGUGGGGGGAGCCUUGUGUGGAACGGUGGUGUUGUGGAACAGCAGCAAGAGCAAUCACAGAACAAUAGUUGCUCUUCUAUACCGUAUGCAACCCCUAUUGCAUUUGGAGGGAAUUACGAGGGCUCCAGCUAUGUGGGGAGCUGGGUCACACCACCCCCCUCUUACUACCACGAACCUGCCAAGCCCAAUGUGGCAGUCUUUCAGACGCCCAUCUUUGGAAUGGAAUGAUAUGGAUGGGUGGGAAGGUGAGAGGAGAUCGCACUUGCUUGCAGAGAGAAAGAGAGAGUCAAAAGUGAGAUAGAGACCAUGGGAGGUGAUGUGAACUGACCACACUCACAAACAUAAAGAAGGGAAGGAGAACAGAGGGAGGACUGACGAGAAGACUAACAAGAUAUCAAAAGUUUUGCUCAUGGUCAUGCGCCCAACUUCUUUUACUUUUUGGUUUUCUUUUACUGACAUGAUUCUAUAUUGUCAUCAUCAUCAUCAGUGUAAUGGAAACAAGAAGCCUUUUGUAGCUUUUCUCUCUCUUUUCUUUUAUUUCCAAUUUCAUGCUAUCUGCUUGUGACAUCAGUAGGUAAGAAAAGAUUCCAUAUAAGAUAUCAGGACACAUUCUAAA